CCUGGGGGACGCGCUCGGGGCGGCCAUGAGGGCGGCGGGGCCGUGCGGGGAGUGCGGGGAGACGGGCACGGGCCGGUACCGCUGCCCGCGCUGUGCCAGCUCAUACUGUUCCGUGCGGUGCUGCCGGACCCACCGCGAGCGCUGCGCGCCGCGUUCCAGCCAGGAGCGGGACGGGGAGCGGGACAGGGAGCAGGGUCCCCCCGCGGCCCCGCCGAGCCCCGCACACGGCCCCUGGUCCCUGGAGGACAUCCUGGGCGAGGAGGAUGAGCAGGACCGCGUCCCGCUGCAGAAACUCAAGCUUUUAGGGGAAUCAGAAGAACUGAGGGGUUUGCUGCUGAACCCACACCUCCGGCAGCUGCUCCUCACCAUCGACCAGGCAGAAGACAAAAGCUCCCUCAUGAGGAGGUUCAUGCAGGAGCCCCUGUUUGUGGAGUUUGCAGAUUGCUGCCUGAGCAUUGUGGAGCCUCCCGAGAAGGAGAACAUCCUCCCCGAGUGAGCACGUUUUCCUUUCCUUGAGGUUUUGUGCUGCAGAGCUGCUCCAUUCUGUGUCUUUCCUCAGGCUCUGGUCACUUUGCCCCUGGAUUUCAGUGCUCUGAUUUCAAUUUGGAGUUGACAGAGAUUUUUAGAGACUUGGGGUUGAACUGACAGUCUGCAG